AUGGACUACGACACGAGGUUGAUCAAGGAGAUCGAGAAGCACGCCGAGCUGUACGACCAGGCGCACCGGGACUUCAAGAACAAGGAUGCGAAAAAGAAGGUCUGGGCUGCCAUAACCUACAAUUUGCGGAGGCAGGUCGACGCACAUGCCGUAAAAACAGUAAAAAUGCGAUGGAAAAGCCUACGAGACUCCUAUGUGAAAGAAACCCGACACAAAAUGGCCAUCAGUAGCGGACAAGACUUGAGGCCGAGGAAAAACUGGCGUUACAGCUCCGCCAUGUCAUUUCUUGCUCCCCAUCUAGCCAUCAGCUUUCCAGUAUCUCCGGUCAAAGACAUUUCCGACGAAUCUGAAGACGUCCACGAUGACGGAACCUUGCCACAGUAUUUCCUCAACAUACACCCUUCGCACGAAAACCAUGACGACGGCCAUUUUCUCGGUGCACUUUUGGAUCUCUCCAAGAACCAGAUCAAGACUGACCUAGAUCACUCCAAAGGCCAUCUGGAUCUCUCGAGGAACCACCAGGAUGUGUCGAAACACCAGAAUAUCGUCGAGCCUACGGAAAACGAAAUCGAUUCGUUCUUCAGAGGAUUGUCGGAUACAGUGAAAAAACUGAACCCUGUGAAUCAGAUCAGGAUACAGAGGGAUAUUGUGAAUAUGGUGUUGGACGUGAAAUUGAGGGAGCUUCAAGAGAAAUGA